GGCCAAGUCCCAUGUCUUUCACGCACAGUCAAACGACGACACGCAACAGGAAUCACCCACGCGCCUUACUUGUUACAAAUUGCAAGCUCAAAAAGGAGAGGUGCCCAAGGAGUUCUUAGCUCGAGCUGAUUGGUGUGCGGCGAUGAAGGAGCUCGAUAGGCCUGUCACCCUCCAUACCGAUGGCAGCGGGUGGAACAAGAAGGCGAAGCAAGUGAGCAUCACCGCCUUUGACCUGUGUGCGCCAAUUCAUCGCACAGCACGCGGCGGGAUGGGGAUGAAUGGCCCGUCAAGAUAGAUCUGGUGUGUUUUGUGCUUUUUGCAGUUGGUGCGUGGGACGACGAGGACGGCAAUGAGGCCAAUUGCGGCGAUUUCAAAGUCUUCUUCGAAACACAGAAGGGUAGGUAGUGGACACGUGUGCGUGCAUGUCCAUGGAUCUGACGGCAUGGCGUAUGUGCGUCCGCGCGUGCGCCAGGCAAGCUCGGCACGUGGGAUGUGGAGAAGCACGGCCUCAUCUACAACGGUGGGCAUGCGUGGGCGGGGUAGCGUGGGCAGGGGGGAGGGGAGGGAUCCAGCCACAUACAGAGAGAGAGAGCAUGGAUUGGAUGGAUGGAUGCAGACAACCGUUUCCUGAAGGAGUUGAAGGCGUUUGUGACGAAGUUGAUGGGCUCGGCGGCUGCCAACGACAUCGACUACAGCGAGUCGGGCAUGCAGGGUCAGCGGAUGACUUCACACGGACGCCAGCAUUGCAUUGUGUAUGCGUGUGCUGGGUGUGCAGGGGACGAGUUUGUGAGUCUGGAUGCUGGCAAGGACUUCAUCAAGGCAUACCAGAAGUGGGAGGCCGGGGAGGCGGCCAGUAAGACCACUGGCACGUGAGGAGAGGGAAGGAGGGAAUGGACUGUACAUAAGGGAAGCCGUAGCCAGAGCUAUCUGCCAUAUGGAUGGGAGGGCCGCCGGCUGCACCGGGGUGGCUGUCGUCCUUUGUUAGCUCCAAUGUGCAGUCAAGACAAUUUUGCAGUGUGUGAGGUGUGGUGUGUCUGAGCGUGUGUCGUAUGUGCCUGCCCCCGACAGUCGACACAUUGCGAGUACUGCCUGCAUAAGCAAAACACGUGAGUGACAAGACCUCCGCCCCCUUUCUGGCUGUGAAUGCAUUCGUGCUGCAAAUGAAGG